AUGUCAACAACAUCAUCUCUUUUGCUUCUUGAUGAUGAGCGAAAAGCUCAAUUGGAUGUAUUAAAUAAAAUUGAUGAGUCUGCUGCUGUUGAUAUCUGUCAUGCUGCUUUGGGUUAUUUAUCAACAGGAUUGAAUGCAAAAUCAAUCACUAAUGCAGCAAAUCAUCUUGAAUUAGAUGUUGAAAUUAUUUCAACUGAUGCGCUUGAUGAAUCAUUAAAAUUACUUGGUUAUAGUAAUCAAAUUCGACAAAGUUUUAUUGAAUGUUAUCAAUCAAAAGCUCAUCAAUUACAAACAACACUUGCUACUGAUCUUGCUCUUUCAUUACCACAGUAUAAAAAUCUGUAUUGGCGCUUUGAUGUACAAAUUGCUACAAGAAGUAUGCGUAGCCGAAAACAAUUUGAUCCUUUUUUUGUUCUUAAAUUAACAUUAAUUAAUGGUAAAAAUGGUGAAGAAAAGGUUCAUAUACUUCAAGUUGAUCCAUUAACACUUGUACACAUAGUUGAACAACUUGAAUUAGCAAUGAAUGAAUUAAGAAAUAAUCAUGCUCGAAGAAUUAUGCAUACAUUUCGAUGA